GUCAUUCUCCAGAACACGCCUUGCAUGUGACGUCACCAGGCGGGCGUGGCUUAUUGCCUUUUGACGUCACUCCCGGCUGGACACGCGAGGCGGAAUUGAUAAAGGCCGGGUCUUGACAUUUGACCAGACUGGUGGAUGAGGCUCUAUGACUUCAGAACUUCAAGCAGAUCAGCCAAGUCAUGACUCGCAGACCUGGCAUCACUUGGGCUCUGCCACAGAGCUGGCAAGCGCGAGAAAGAAACGAGUUCGUGUUGGUGGCCGAGACAUCGCCGUCUUCCACCACAAGGGACAGUUUUACGCUCUGGACUGGCGCUGCUACCAUGCAGGAGGACCUUUGCACCAGGGAGACAUUGAGGAGCUUCCGGAUGGUACGGCUUGCCUUAUCUGUCCCUGGCACGGCUACCGCAUUGGGCUGGCAUCUGGCGAGGGAUUCUAUAGGCCCGCAAAUCCCACGGGUUCGGCGCCCACCAGCGACUGGUGCUCGAAGGGCGUACGUCAGCGCAUGCACCAUGUGGAGGUGCGGCCCGACGAGAGCGUACACGUGGCUCUCUCCGACCUCAAGUCACCCCGCGAGUCCGACCGAUAUGCUUCCCGCAAGCCGAAGAAAGCAACAUUCAAAUAACGUGGAGAUAUCUUUUAAAUGACGAAACUGCUUUGAUCAAUUUUCUAUCAAAGUGGGCCUUUGAGUCAAGACAAUCAUGCUCAACCUCUGUGCAAAAGUGGAUAAAAGGUUUAGACAUACAUUUUUUCUAUUUGUAAAUUAAUAAUGGAUGGAAAAAAGUCAGGGUUGCACUGCCUGAAAGGAAAUGGACUUAAGGAUUUUACAUAAGCAAUUGCAUUUAUUAGGCGCUUAAAUCCCAGGACAUCUCAAAGCAUCGUACAAAGCGCAAAACCACGAAAAUACAAAGGAUAAAGUGGACAUAGUUAAAAAUCUAAAUAUAUAUUUACAUCCAUUGUCAAUCUGUUGUAGAAUGCCUCCCCACAUCAUGUUGCGGGUUGUUUGACCGUACUUUAUCACGCUGAUCACUGGGGCCAAGGCGACACUGACUGGGAAUCAAACUCAGGUUGCUGGGUUUACAGCUCAAUGCCCUAACCACUGCAACCAUCAAUCCACCCCACAGCUCAAAAUGUUUCUGUAUGUACUGUAUAUUGCUAGGUUUAUCAUGCAGAUUGUUGCCUGCAUAUGGACCGAAAUGGCACUUGAAUUUCUUUAAAUACUGGCAGUUUAUAAUGCAUUACAAUAUGUCACUUUAACUGUAUGACAUUUAAACAGUAUAAUGCUAAACAUGUUCAUGACAAGUGGACAUUCACGGGCAUGAUUAAGUUUCACACUUAACUAUAUCAGUGAUAAUUUUUUGUUAGAUAUGUGUUAGAACAAG